AUGGAGAGUUGCAGUUCUAAUUCCAGAAAAUUGAUCAAGACCCUCUUUCCAAUUCUUGUUCUUCUAUUCAAAAUCUCUCACACACAAGCCAACUCCAAUUCAAACUACACCAACUUCAUUGAAUCCAAAUGCACCUUAAUCUCAACAUACCCUCCCAUUUGCAUAAAAACACUUAUCCCUUAUUCAUCUUCUAUCCAAACUAACACCAUAAAACUGUGUGACACUGCCCUUGACAUAGCCAUAGACGGCGCGAAAAACGCUUCUGAUAUGGUAUCUGAGCUAGGAAAAAAGAAAGGAAUUACAAAAUAUGAAGCUGCUGCCAUUAAAGACUGCAUUACUGAUUUGAAAGAUGCAGUGUAUGAGUUGAAGGAAACACUUGGUGCAAUGAAUCAUCUUAAUGAUACAGAUAAGGAAUUUCAAUGGGAUAAUGCUAAGACUUAUGCUAGUGCUGUUAUAAGUGAUGCAAAUUCUUGUUUGGAUGGUUUAUCUGAUAGGAAAGUGAAUCCUGUUGUGAAGACUAAGAUUAGUGGUCUGGAAACUGACAUACCUAACUCUGUUAAUAAUCCUUCUAGCGAAAUUACUUCUGAGAUUGCUGCUCCCAUGCUUCUGUAUUCAGCUUCUACUGAGCUUUUGCUUACUGUCUAUUGCUUCUUUGAUUUCCAAGAAAUCAAGUAUUCUCCCAACUUUACCGCGUACCUUGUCACUGACCUUCUAUUGUUUGGGCAUGUUGCCCAGUCUGAAUCACAAAACACUAUCAACUAG